AUGACGCUCUAUGGGAUGCCGAUAUUCCUCGAAGACAAGAGCGGGAGACUCACUGGGUCCGAGUUUAUCGAUAUCCAUGAUCGCAUGCGGUUCAGCUAUCGGUGCACCGCCCGGGACUCUGCCCAUACGGCGUAUAUGAUCUAUAACCUCAGCGCGAUGGUGUAUCAGGGCUCGUGUCCGCGGGCGGUGGUCGCGUUGGACUUUGGCCCGAAUAACGCGUUGGGGACGGUCAGCUUUUCGUCGAGGGAGAGCGUACCGAUGAAGAAGUACCUCCCGAAGAUCUCGAAUCAUGGAGGCGCAUACAAGCCGCGCAAGUUCGUUGCGUCCGAUUCGCAAGAGUAUAUUUGGGGUUAUAGGACCCAGGAGGGCCAGGAGUGGACUUGCACGAAUACCAGCGGAUACUUGGUCGCGUAUUACAGCUUGAAGGUACCGGGAGAACCCCACUAUGAGGGUUCAUCGGGUUGCACGCUUACUAUCGACGAAGCGUUCGGUCACAUUGCAGCAGAAUGCUUAGCAUCCUUGAUGAUUAUGCGGCAUAUUGCAGAGUACAACGUUUGA